AUGGGCUCGGCUCCACUCCCGACCCCUCCAAUGGCUCCUGCUUCCCUACCAACAAGCAGGAAUCAGCCACUCAUCCAUCAGGGUCCCGCUCCCGCUGCAAAUCCGGAGAUCUCUCAAUUGGUGGUGUUCCCCAUCAAUCUGGAAGGGACACCUGUUCAGGGACCCAAACAGGCUAGUGAUAACCACCGAUGCCAGCCUCCUGAGUUGGAGAUCCCUUAUGCAAGGCCAGAUAGCUUAGGGCGUCUGGUCCAGAUUCCUACUUUACUGUCACCGAAGAGGACUAGUGUGUAUUUGCAAGCUAAAAGGAUAAUGGGACUGGCUAAGGAUCAGGGAAAAGCCAUGCAUCGGACAAAGCGUGGAUGGAUGUGGAAUCAAUUUUUUUUAUUGGAGGAAUAUACUGGUCCAGAUACUCAAUAUGUGGGCAAGCUACACACUGACCAAGAUAAAGGAGAUGGAAAUUUAAAAUACAUAUUAACAGGAGAUGGAGCUGGCAGCGUAUUCAUUAUAGAUGAAAACACAGGAGAUAUUCAUGCAGCAAAAAGGCUGGACAGAGAAGAAAGGUCUCUGUAUGUGUUACGUGCCAAGGCUAUAGAUCGAAAUACUGGAAGACAGGUGGAACCAGAAUCAGAAUUUAUCAUUAAAAUCCAUGAUAUUAAUGACAAUGAGCCCAAAUUUACCAAGAAUAUUUAUACAGCCAAUGUUUCUGAAAAGUCUGCAGUUGGCACUUCUGUCAUUCAAGUAACAGCAACUGAUGCUGAUGACUCUAACUAUGGCAACAGUGCCAAAAUUGUAUAUAGCAUCCUCCAUGGUCAGCCAUAUUUCUCUGUGGAUCCAGACACAGGUAUAAUCAAGACUGCUUUGCCAGAUAUGAGCCGAGAAAAUCGAGAACAAUAUCAAGUGGUCAUCCAAGCCAAGGAUAUGGGAGGCCAGAUGGGUGGAUUAUCAGGAACCACCACAGUGAAUAUCACCCUGACUGAUGUCAAUGACAAUCCACCUCGAUUCCCUCAGAGCACAUAUCAGUUCAUCUCUCUAGAGUCUGCACCACUUGGGACUUCGCUUGGCAGAAUAAAAGCCAAUGACCCCGAUGUGGGUGAAAAUGCUGCAAUUGAGUACAGCAUUGCUGCCGGCGAUGGAUCUGACAUGUUUGAUAUCAUCACUGACAAGGACACACAAGAAGGGAUUUUAACAGUCAAAAAGGUUUAUUUUCCUCUCUGUCUUUUAUUGGACUUAGCACUUCAAGUUUUAGAUUUCCUUUUCCAGCUAGAGGAUGGAUCAGUUUUUAUGAGAGGUCAACUGCAGAGAAACUAG